AGUGCAACUAUUCGGUUCGAACAAGAUCAAACUGAUAGGACGGCAGCCUCGUCCAACAAUAAACGAAAUCUUAGGAUUAAGGAUCAAAUUAUCAUUGUAUUCAGUCUGAUUUUAUCUAGUCCAAAAAUCAAUUCGAUCUCUUUUCUUAAAUAUUUAUAAAAUACAAAGGUACAAAGACCAGAUCACAUCGUAUUUUGUUCGGUAUGAUCUUAUCCAAACGUGGAUUUGAUAUGAUAUGAUUCAGACUGUUGAUGUGACUUGAAUCAGAC